AUGGGAACCCAAGCUAUUAACCAGGCCCAUGGGGAUAAUCAGUUAGAAAGAUUGCCUACGGCAGUGACACAAGAGAUUGCUGGGGUUCUAAGACAGAUCCCUGCUAACACAGGCGACACAAAUGUUACCUUCAAUUUGCAGCUGGUUUACCACAAUAAUAACUCAGAAAAGGCAUCAAUGACACACAUGAAAGAGAACAAUGUGACAACAUCUUUUCAUAAACAUGUCCCUCCAAGUGUGAAAAAACGACUGAAUGAGACACUUUCUCAAAAUGAUGUAUGGGACCAAGUGAAGAAGAUGUAUGACAUUUCAGAUGAAACCCCAUGUCCUCCUGAUGUUGUAUCUUUUUUGUUGUCAGAAGUUGAGGGUUCUAUUGCAUCUUUCAUCAGUGUGUUGUUAAAGUUAAAAGAACGCCACAGAGAAGGACAGCAAGACAUACCACAAGAUUUGAUUAAUGAAGUCAAGGAAGGACUUCUGAGUGAAAUGGAGUACAACAAACUGAGGGAGAAAGUGAUUGAAUUUGCUGCGGAACUUUCCAUUUAUAUUGAAAGAAUUUUAGAUUACCUGUAUCAGUUUAGUGUAAUACCAGAUGAGGAGACAACAAAACUUAAAAAUGAUGCAAAGAGAAAUCCGCAAGAUGCAUGUAGAGAUUUGUUGAAAGCACUUCUUGCAAUCAGUCCUAAAAAAGAACCAAUUAAACAUCUGAAAGCUGCAUUCAGGGAUUCUGGUCUUUGGCAUCUGGCAGAUGAACUAGAAGUCAGCUACCAGGAUGUAGAGGAUGAAUUACAGAAACAUGGAGGUGGCCGGCCUACUUGUGAAGAGCCGUUAGCAAUAGGAAUGGCAGCUCCCCCCACACCUGCUACAGGUGAAACCCCUACUGGAGAACAUUAA